AUGAGCUGGCGUGCCACCCUUGGGGUGCAGGCAGGGGCUUCCCAUGAAGAGAUCCGCGCGGCUUUCAAGCGAAGGGUGCUGGAAACCCACCCGGACAAGGGGGGCAAGGCCUCCGAGUUUCGGCAGGUGAUGCUGGCCUUCGAAAGGGCCACAGCUGACUCUGUUGGAGCCGACGUCUUGAAGGCCAGGGGGGCCAGGUGGGUGCGCCGCGCGCCCAAGCCACGAGCCAAGGCGCGGCCAGCGACGACACGGCCUCCACAGGGUAGGCGGAGGUGCCCCAAGAACACAGCGAUCAUGCAGAAGCUGCACGGGUAUCUGAAGCAGCUGCAGCGGGAUGAUCGGCGGGUCACCAUCGCCACUACGCUCCAGCAGCACCACAGAUUGGCACUGGAGGCGUGGAUUCAAGCCCAAACCAUGCGUGGCUGGCACCAUGAGGACGCAUGGCCAAGACAGGUGGCCAGUGAGGAGGGUGACAAGAGAGAGGGCAGCGACACUGACGAAUCCUUGGAGGAUCUGCAGCCGUUGGCGCUGGAGGAUAUUACUCCAGCGGACGCGAAGGUAGGAAGAACCAUGCGUCCAGGACCUCACAAGGGUAUUAUCCGAAGGCCUGGGCGUGUGCGCUUGUACAGCGUCAUCGUCGUCAUUAGCAACAUUGAGCUCUUUGCAGCAAGUACCACAGACCUGGCCGCAGCGGUGGAUGUACACAUGGCGCUGACUUCUCUGAAGCAGCGGAUUUCAAAGAGGCCAGAGCUGGUGCGCAGGCUGGGUGAGGAGCUGGAGCUGGCCAUGAAUGACUACGAUUUGUCCAUGGAAGAGGCCCGGAUUUCGCUGAGGGUGCACUUCCCGGUGCACCACUGGACCGGCAGCGGCCUGCGCUCGCCCACCUUCCCAAUGGCCCAGCUGGGCACCGUGCUGGAGGUGUGGCGAAAGCUGCAGGAGGCCCGGCUCCCGUACAGCGGCGUGAGCGCCAAGCGGGGGGGCAUCUUCUUCCAGCACAGCCCCCAAACCGUGGAACGUGCCUGGGAGAGGAUUACCAGCAUUUUUGCGGAGAUCUGGGUGAAUGCCGGGUGCGAGGAGGCUCAUCUCCGUGAACGCCUGGAGGCACAGCGCAGGCGCCAUGAGGCGCAGCGGGGGUGUCAGCUGGCGGCCUGGAACCGGCACCGCAUGGCCGCGGAGGAGCGGCGGCAGCAGCUCUGCGAGCGCCUGCUGCGGCGCCGCGAGGAGCGCGAGCGCCGGCGCAUGGGCUGGGAAGACCGGCGCGCAGUCCAAGUGGCCUCUCUGACUGCGAAGGUGGUGCAACGUAUCGAGCGGCUUUUGCUGCGCUGGGACAGGGCGGACGCGAGACGGCGGAAAGCCAAGCAGGCGCGCGGUCAACGGAGGCAAAGCAGGAGCAACAGGAAGAGGCCUUCAUAA